AUGCCGCCAUCGUCGUCGUCAGGUGUGGCCACUUCCUCAAUUACAGAACUCAACAAAGUCCACCGGUCGCCACCGCCGUUGUCACCUAAUGAGGCUACUUCUGAGUUUAAGCAAAUCAACAGCAUACAACAACCAACACAGUCGUCGUCGCCAGUGGAGGCCCACACUGCUCCAUCCGCCAGACCCCUGCCAGAAAUUAUCUCAUCAAGUAAACUAAUUAGAACAAAAUUGAGAUACAAAAAGGCUGACCGCAAGAACGAUAUUGCGCAACAACUAAAAAACAAUUUCUGGAAAACGUGCCAAAAUAUUUUUUUGCCAACGAAACAAGUGUCACCACUGUUCGAUGUAGACACCGGAUAUACGUAUUACAAAUCCUCAGCUAAAAACAGUGGAAACAACACUUUUCAUAAACCAGAUUGGAUACAUUCUCUACAAAUUCCAUCACAAAAUUGCAACAGUGACCCACCAAGUUACAACGAAAUGGUUUCGGCCAUACAUAAAAUAAAGUCCAAAUCCUCGCCAUGCCCUCUAGACCAAAUUUCAAUAAUGACAUCACAUCAUGGAACGCCAACUUUCACAUAUAUUAGCACACCACCAAAUUUGAAUAUUAACUUGAAUAUGAAGUGGCAGGGAACAACUUCGUCUCUUCGUCUUCUGAAGUCGUCGGUUGAGGUUGCCUCGCGGUGCAACAACAUCCCAACGAAUCAGUGGGGAGUAAUUAGAGGUGAUGUCGCUUGUGGACGGUCGCUCAUCUGGGAGUGCUGCACGCUGUUCAACUUGCGACGACACAAACUUAAUUUGCAAGAUGAGACAGGUGGUGAGAAGGUAUGUGGUGGAGAGGUAUGUGGUGGGGAGGUAUGUGGUGGGGAGGUAUGUGGUGGGAAGGUAUGUGGUGGGGAAGUAUGUGGUGGGGAGUUAUGUGGUGGGGAGGUGGGCCGAGUGGUUAGCGUGUCUGUCUACCACUUCCACGACCCGGGUUCGAAUUCUGCAGUUUCUACAGGUUCAUCCGGGUAG